AUGGCAAUGGUAGUAAACCAGUGGCCAGAAAACCUUCCCGCGGACCCGGGCUCGCAGCUCCAGAUGUGCGGUCCGGAGCCCGGUGGGGGGGCGGGGGGGGGGCCGGGGACCCCCAACGGAUCCACGCCGGGCAACGACGCGCUGUCCGGGGACAAGAUCCCCAACGUGGACUGCAUGGUGUGCGGGGACAAGUCCAGCGGGAAGCACUACGGCCAGUUCACGUGCGAGGGCUGCAAGAGCUUCUUCAAGCGCUCCGUGAGGCGGAACCUGACCUACACGUGCCGCGGGAACCGGGACUGCCCCAUCGACCAGCACCACCGGAACCAGUGCCAGUACUGCCGGCUCAAGAAACUUUGGACGGCGUUUGUGAAGCGUUUCGACUAA